GUUUCGAGUUGUGGUGAGAUGUGGAGGUGAACCGAAGUCGUAAAGUAGGUCGAACUUCGCUCCUAAAAACAGACCCUCAAAAGUCGCAAUUACGGAUUUCUCGUUCUCAAGCAGAAUUUCACCACUGCAUCGAAGUUUGAUGACCAACUAGUGGUUUUCAGAUAUCAGGCUGACUGGUCUCUGCGUGAUGGAGGAACGGAUAUCGCGGCUCGAUUCUGGGUUAAGAUGGCUCAACGCGCUUCCCGCGGCCGAGGCGAACGAGGCGUUCAUUCGCUGCUGCGGAUCGAAGAGAUUCGCGUCUAGUCUCGCGGCGCUCCGUCCGUUCGGAAGCUUCGAGAAUUUACAGACUGCUGCUAGCGACGUAUGGUGGAAUCAGGUGGACAUCGCUGGUUGGCUGGAAGCCUUUAGUGCCCAUCCCAGGAUUGGUGACGUGGCAUCGUUGAAAAGAAAGUUCUCCACGCAGCAAUGGUCACAGGGCGAGCAAGCAGCGGCCAUGCAAUCAUCUGAUGACGCCUUUUUCCAGGAAAUGGCAGAAUGCAAUCAACGCUACGAGCGACGGUUCGGCCACAUCUUCAUCAUCUGUGCUCAGGGCAAGCCGGCCGCAGAAAUACUCGCUGCACUCAAGGAGCGCAUGGGGAAUCAGCCGAUAUACGAACUGCAGAUAGCGGCCAAGGAGCAAGAGAAGAUCACCCAGUUGAGGCUGGAGAAACUGCUUCUGGAUGCUCCCACUGCUGCUCUUGGCACAGUCCCUUCCCCCGCGUCCUCCCGCCUGGCUAGAGUCGCAGCACACAUUGCACCAGGUGCUCCAUCUGCAGCGGUCCCCGUUACAGUAAUACCCGCUACAAGCACCAAGCCUCGCUCCAUCUCCACACACGUGCUAGACGUGGCUCUGGGCAAACCCGCUGCUGGGAUCAAAGUGGUGCUGGAGAGACAGACAGAUGCCGGAUGGGAGAGUAGAGGGAGAGGAGAGGCAGGGAGCGGAGCGGGAGGGAGCGGACUUGGUCGGGGUGUGGGGUUGGAAUGGGAGCGAGUGGGUGAGGGGGUGACUAAUGCGGAUGGCAGGGCUGCUGAUUUGCUUGCUAGGAGCGAAGACGAGGAAGACGGGGUGAAGGCUGGAACUUACCGGCUGAGCUUUGCGACAGGGGAGUAUCUUGGUCGGUUGCAUGGAGCGAGAGGGAGUGGGAAAGUUCAAGGUGGUAUGGGGAGUGGUGGUGUUGGCAGCGGUGGUGUUGGCAGUGGUGGUGUUGGCAGUGGUGGUGGUGGCAGUGGUGGUGGUGGCAGUGGUGGUGGUGGCAGUGGUGAUAGUGGUGCUGCUGGUUCGAGUGGGGGUGUUGGUGGUUUCUUCCCCAGCGUGUCAGUUGCGUUCCGAGUGCUCCCAGAGCAACAACGGGAGCACUUCCACGUGCCGCUCCUACUCUCGCCGUUUUCUUACUCAACCUACAGAGGCAGCUGACGGGCUUGCUUGCAUGCUUCUACUGAUACCUAGUUGAGACUUGUUGCAUGAUUCUAGUGUACCAGUGAGUGGGAGUGGGGAUGGUUUUGUCCCCAGUGCGGAUUAUGGUGCAAGUGCUUCCCCACAGGAGUGAAGGGAGCUCUCCAGGGCUCAAAUUUGAAGGGUGUUUCACCCUGAUUACCCUUGCCAGCGGCCGCUUUUUCAGGAUUACCCUGAUUUUGUAAGGCCAAUUUUUCUCUGACCCUUUCUCAGAAAGUGUAAGGAAAAUUUUACCCUGUUGU